AUGCACUCAUCCGACGAUGCUCUAACUGUGGGCAACAGUCCAGACACCAAACCUCAUAAGAUCAUCACUCGUCAGACAUCACAGCAUACUUUAACGUCCACCUCGUCCACCAAGAAUGCUACAGGCAUAAGUCUAAGUACGGGAUCGUCCGUGUCAGAGCUUCCGACUUUUCAAAGUGAGCACCCAGCAAGCGUCACCGAAUCGCAAACCUCAGCGCAAUCUAUGCAAACUUCAGUUGUUACACCUUCCGCAAACCGAACAGCUAUGAUUACAGCAACAAGGACUUCACAGGCUCUCGAUAUCAAAACAAGUGAAAAGAUUCCUGAACCAGUUGCAACUGAAUUGGAUAAAUGGUUUCGGAAACACAAGAACGGCAUUCACCCAGGCGCUGUGACGUGUGUAUGCGCACAAUACAACAAUCCUAUCUGGGUUCCCUCAAGUGGUAGGAGGCCGGUGUUCGAAGAUCGCACAGGCCAGAAACUACAGGCUCAACUCUAUUCUCUGAAGAAGGCAGGCUGGAUACGUAAUGGGAGGUAUAUGGUCCUAGUCGUAUGGAAUGACGCUCAAUCUCCUGUCAUUAUCAAGGGCGUUUUAGGUGGUCCCGGUUCAAAGUCCAAGAAACAGCCACCUCCAGGUCGAUCUCUCUGUCGCAUUUGGAAAGGAAAGGUACCUGGUACUACCCCAGCAGGGUUCCUUAAGGAUUCGUUCGUCUUCAUGGUGAGACAUGAUGAGCUUCAUGCUAGAGCGGAAAAUACCCUUGAAGAAGCACCGCUUUCUGGCCCAAACACUUAUACGGCAAGCUCCAGCUUACAUUCCGCUCCCCCAAGCCCAGCGCUUCUCAGUCGUGACCAAGCCAGAAAAUCGAAGCCAGAUGAUUUAACCGUGGUCCGUCAAGAUCCGCGGGAAGCGUUGAGGCAUCUACCUUCAGGACUUCGGGUCAUGUUGGGGGAUUACUAUGACAAGAAUGGCACGCAUCACGCACCUGUUUGCGCCUGUGAUGAGAAAAGGCUGUCUUUCGCAAUUGAUGUUUAUAGCUCGAUAGUCUUACAGGAUUCUUUCGGAAGCAAAGUACCUAUGGAUCGAUUCCCUACGGGCUUUGAGGGCUAUGUGUUCCUUGUGGCGAAGGGAGAAACAAUCAUCAGGUAUAGUCUUUCUGACACUACUUCAAGGAAUUACGUCGCUUGGUACGGUGACGAGCUAUUCGAGCCCAUCGAUCUGUUUGAUUACCAAACAACGGAGCCUCAGCGAAUGAAUUGGCAAGGGAUUUGGAUCCUGGCCGGACGGAGCUGUCGUCUCACAACACUCAUACAGAUGCAAUAG